AUGACACUGUUGGGAGUGAGUUACACCUUCCAGAUUGUGAGCGUGGCAGCAUUCAAAGAUAUCUCUUUUGGCGACGAUGAGGGCUUUGUAUUCGCCAUGUACUCGUCCACUGAGGCUAUGCCUGUUCCCGAACGUGUACUCUACUACGAUCGCAGUGUUCUGCUCAUGGAGCGUCUCGCAGCAAUCUCACAGCGCAAUCACCGAAAGUCACCCCUCCUUCGUCUUCCGGCAGAACUCCGCAACAAAAUCUACAAAUACGCUUUCCUCUCCCAUCCAGUCCGCCCAACCCGUGAGCACAGAGAGUGGCCACACUGGGCAUAUCCAAGAUCACAAUUGAACCUACUGGAGACCUGCCGCCAGAUCUACUUCGAAGCCAACCUCUUCCCGUUCGCCCUCAACGUUUUCGUCGGCUACGCAGAGCAUGUCAUCGAGCUGUUGUUGACGACUUUCACUCCUUCCCAAACCGACAUUAUAUCCGAUGUACGGCUAUAUGUUGACGCCUUCGGAGUGUACAGGGAUGGCAAGAUUCCAGAGGCCGGACUCAAGGCAUGGUUCAUUGAGGAACUGGGGGACCUGUGUCAGCUUGUCAGUCUGAAAGACGUAACACUGAUUUGGUUUGGUAGUGACAUUGAGGUUGUCAAGGAGCACUUGAAUGCGACAGUGCUGGACGUCUUCAAGGAGGCGGGUCGAGGAGAUAUCAAGGUCGCGGUCCGGUACUUCGAUUGA